AUGUCAACAUACAAGUUCGACCCGUCCUUCGAUGCGGUCUCCGAAAUCAGGCUCCUCACGAUCGUCCCGGGCAGCACUCAAGACCCGGUCGCCUGCAAACUGAAAAUCCAUCAGGUUGACUUCCUACCCAGCUUCGAAGCACUGUCAUACACACGGGGCUACAACAAUGCACAAAAUCCAAUCGACAUCGACGGGGAUCGCUUUAUCGUCCACGGAAAUGUAUAUCAAGCUCUCCUCGAGCUGCGAAAACCCAAGGCGUACCGCACAUUCUGGAUCGAUGCAAUCUGCGUCGACCAACAGGAUGAGUAUGAGAAAAAGCGCCAGGUCCGGCUCAUGAAGAGCAUCUACAGCAAAGCCGAGAGGGUCGUCGUUUGGUUUCCACCACCGCGAGGUACCACAGAUCAAAUUAUCGGGCUGAUCAGAGAACUGCAUCUUUGGGGUUGGGAAACGGCGAAGAGCAUCAUAGAAGAUAAGGAAUGGCACAGGCUGAAGGCCGCCGAUUGGAUCGCCCUUCGAGAUUUCCUUGCCCAUCCGUGGUGGUCGCGAGUAUGGACGCUACAAGAGGUUGUCCUGGCGCGGGAGAUCGUCUUGCAACUCGGAACACAAAUCGAGUGGAUGCGGGGUCUACUGAGAUCAGGCAAGGAACUCUCACUUCUGGACCUGCUUCUACAUUGUUGGGAGCGGAAAGCAACAGAUACCCGCGACUGCAUCUACGGCCUCUUUGCACUUUCCUCGGACAUUGACGCUGGGGUCCUGGAUCUGGAAAUCAACUAUAAUGCUGCUGUAGCGGAGGUACUCACCGGCGCUGUGAACGAGGUCUUACUAAAACACGGCACUUUGGAAUUGUUCAGCAACGCGGGUGUUGGUUUUCCACGGACUCUCAAAGGUUUACCAUCUUAUGUUCCUGACUGGUCCAACAUAAAUAUUGCAGCAAAGCCGCUGUAUUACCUCUUCGAUGAGGGUCGUCAGACACUGACCCUCCAAGAGAAAGGAGUCAGGCUCCAUUCCUCCGGCCAACUGCAGGUGUCGGUAUACUUCCUAGAAAAUGUUGCGGAGGUCAGCAGCGAGCCUCUGACCGGCAUGAAGGGGGCACAAGACAACGAAAAGUGCUUGGCCUGGUUGACUGAGGUAGAACGUAUGACCAAGUACGGUUCGGUUCGUACCCAAGGUGCGAGAGACCCUUAUACUCCGAUUCCCCCUUUGAAAGGCAGUAUGUCGGUCUUCGAAGCUUUCUGGCGUACCCUGGUGGCGAAUAGGAGCAUCAGAUGGUUUCAGCCCCCUCCUUUUGUAUUGCAUGCGUAUUUAGGGUACAAAAAUGGACUAUCGAAGGCGUGCGGGGGGAGGCCUGUAACUACUCCGUUCACAAAUGCCGACGAAGAGGCACUCCGGUAUCCAGUCCCGCCGGAAGAUUUGGCGGUGUUGGAGAAAGACUGGAUCGACACGAUGCGCAUCACAACAUAUGGGCGCUCAUUCUGUUUGACAAACGAUGGGAGGAUAGGCUUGGUGCCCCCGGGAACUAAGCCUGGCGAUCAUAUCUGCUUACUGGAAGGAGGAGCAGUACCAUAUGUCAUGCGACCGUAUAUUGCUCCAAAUCUGCCUGGUCCCCAGAAGGAGCCCAGCUUCCAGCUGGUUGGAGAGUGCUAUAUUCACGGUGUGGGUGCGUUCCAGAUCAUCGAGGCUUACAGACCGGCGCACACGGUGUUGCUGGUUUGA